ACAACAGCGCAUUGAACUUCCCUGUCAGUGGAUGGUUUAAGACACGGGCUUUACUCAUCCCAGUCAGUAUCUGGGCGGCUGUGAGUGGCUUUGGGACGCGAAAGUCUUUUCCCAACUGGAAUAUACAACAACUGAAAGCAAACGCUAAAUAAAACAGAAAGAAUCAUGGAAGCCAAUGGAAAUGCUGGCAAAUUCGGUCUGGAUGGAGACCCAGACCUGCAGUUUUUGCUGAAUGGUGGAGACCUACUAAAGGUGAAGUCCAAGUCAUGGAGAAAGACCCGCUGCUUUCGGCUGAAUGAAGACUGCAAGACAGUGUGGCAACAGACCAACAAGAAGUUCAAGAGUGACUCCAGCUUCAGUCUCGAGGACGUUGAUUCGGUGAGGUAUGGCCGUCAGACUGAAGGGCUGCAGAAGUACACUGACUCCUCAGUGGACGACCGCUGCUUCUCCAUCAUCUUCAAAGGCCGACGGAAGAAUCUAGACUUGAUUGCCUCAUCUAAAGAGGAGGCCAAGAGAUGGGUCAGCGGUCUGGAGAAGAUCAUGACUGGCAUGCACAGCCUCAACCGACAGCAGAACAGUGAACACUGGUUCUAUAGCUGCAUGCGCAAGGCAGACAAGAAUGCAGACAACAAAAUGUCCUUGAAGGAGCUGAAGCAUUUCCUACGUCAGAUCAAUAUCGAGGUGGACGACAGUUACGCUGAGAUGCUUUUCAAGAAAUGUGACACAUCAAACUCAGGCACUCUGGAGGGAUCUGAGAUUAAAUACUUCUACGAUUUACUGACUUACCGGGAGGAAAUUGAUGUGAUCUAUGGGAAGUACGCUAAUACUAAUGGACAGAUGAGCUCCGGCGACCUGUUGAACUUUCUCCAAAAUGAGCAGAGGGAGUCUGUGUCUUUGGAGUAUGCAAAGAAGCUCAUUGAGAAAUAUGAGGUGGAUGAGACAGCCAAACAGAACAUGUACAUGAGCAAAGAUGGUUUCCUGAUUUACCUGAACCAUGAAGAAGGCUCCAUCUUUAACCCCGCCCACAAACCUAUAUACCAAGACAUGCAUCAGCCGCUCAAUCAUUACUUCAUUUCCUCUUCCCACAACACCUAUCUGAUGGAGGACCAGCUGAAGGGGCCUAGCAGCACAGAAGCUUAUAUCAAAGCUCUGAUGAAGAGCUGUCGCUGUGUGGAGCUAGAUUGCUGGGAUGGUGCAAACGGAGAGCCGGUUAUUUACCACGGCCAUACACUCACAUCCAAAGUGCUCUUCAAAGAUGUCAUCAAGGCCAUCAAAGAAUAUGCUUUCAAAACCUCACAGUAUCCUGUGAUCCUGUCUUUGGAGAACCAUUGCUCCACAGAGCAGCAGAAGAUCAUGGCCAAUUAUUUAACCUCCAUCCUGGGCAGUGCUUUGCUCACUCAACCCCUGGGACAUCAAAUGCCCAGCACUUUUCCAGGACCCGAGGAGCUGAAAGGACGUUUCCUGAUCAAGGGCAAGCGUUUGAACAAACUGGAUGCGGCAUUCAACAACAACGCCACAGAGGACGUGGACAGUGUGUCGGAGGAAGACGAGGCUGCUGAACUCAAAGAGGGUGAACAGAAACCAAAGGAAAAUAGUUCCAAAAAGAUCAAGCUGGCUAAGGAGCUGUCAGACCUGGUCAUCUACUGCAAGAGUGUCCAUUUCAGCAACUUCGAGGAUUCAAGAGAUAACCAGGCUUUCUAUGAAAUGGCCUCCUUCAAAGAAAGCAAAGCAAUGAACCUGGCAGAAAACUCAGCUACGGCAUUUAUUCAUCACAACAUGGAUAAGCUGAGCAGGAUCUACCCAGGCGGCUCCAGAACCGAUUCUUCCAACUACAAUCCGGUGCCACUGUGGAACGCCGGCUGCCAAAUAGUGGCUCUAAACUUCCAGACUCCUGGUAAGGAGAUGGAUCUGAAUCAGGCCCGCUUUCUACCUAAUGGCAAGUGUGGCUAUAUACUGAAGCCAGAGUUUCAGAGGGACCCUGCCUCACAGUUUGACCCCAGGAACCUCAGAGUAGGCCCCUGGCUGAAGAGAAAGAUCUUGCAUGUCAUGAUCAUAUCAGCCCAGCAGCUGCCCAAGAUCAAUAAAGACAAGGAGAAGUCCAUCGUGGACCCUCAGGUCAGGGUGGAGAUCUACGGUGUGCCCGACGACAACGCCAGCAAACAGACACACCACAUUGACAACAAUGGUUUCAAUCCUCAGUGGAACACAAAGUUCCAGUUUACUAUUCACGUGCCAGAACUGGCUUUGGUGCGGUUUGUGGUGGAGGACUAUGACGCUGCUUCCCAUAAUGACCUGAUUGGCCUGUACACUCUGCCCUUCACCAGCAUCCAGAAUGGAUAUCGCCAUGUGCCUCUGCUCACGAAGACAGGAAAUCUCAUUCCUUCAGCGGGACUGUUUGUACACAUCAUGGCUCUCGAUGGCUAAUAAACUCCAACAUUCCCCUCAGUCUCCACAGUGUCAGAGUUUGCAGAUCACUGAACAAGACAAUCAGCUAAACUGUCCUGUGCAAACACUUUUAGGAUAAGAUUGGGACCUUUCCUUCUUACCUUAUGAGUUCAGACAUGUACUUUAAAAAGCUUCAUGGAAUUAGUGCAUGCAGUUCAUUUUUGAAAAACAGGUGGGGUAAAAAAAAAAACUGUGACUUUAAAUUUUUUUUUUCAUAGCAUGCAAAUUGAAUACAUUUAAACAAAACCUGUUUAAAUAAUAAAUAUAUAUAUAAAAUAUAUUUUAUUUAAAUUUAAUUUAAAUGUUAAGAUUUGAACAUUUUUUGACUACCCGUUAGAGUAAUAUUUUCUACUGCUGUCAAAACGAUUAAUUGCGAUUAAUCGUAUCCAAAAUAAAAGUUAGUGUCUACAAGUGUCUCGGGUAAUGCAUUACAAGUAAUGCACAUAACAUAAUCGGAUGACUUUUUAUCAAGUUACUAGUAAAGCAACACAUUACUUUGAAAUUUACAGGAAAUUAUAUAUUUGCGAGAAUUUCUAUUUUUCAAAUAAGUAAUGCUUGUCACCAGUUACUUUGUUUCCCAAUGUAUUCACUGACACCUCUACCUAAGUUUAUUCAUUUCACUUUCGAUUUAAAAGGGUAUUUACAGUUGCCAGAAAUAUAACUAUGUUUUUUUUGUUUAAUAAACAAAUAAGCAAGCCGAGCACAGGUGACAAAAAGCAACGUAACGCAUUACUUUCCAUUAAGAGUCAUUAAGUAACACAAUUAGUUAUUUGAUUAGUAAUAUAUACAUGUACGUAUGUGUAUUUAUAUAUACAUAUGAAUAUAAACACACUAUACACACUAUACAUAUACACACUCAUAUUAUAUAAACACAAACUUUUAUUUUAGAUGCGAUUAAUUGCAAUUAAUCGAUCUGACAGCACUAGUACUUUUAGAAAACACAUUUUACCACGCUGAAGUUCAUCAUAAGAAUUCCAUUGUCAUUCCUAUCUAAUUCAGUUUAGAUUCGUAACCGGAGAAUGUUUUACCUAACAGUUUUCGAUUUUAAUGUUAAAAGAAGGUAUAUUUAAAAAUAUACUACACUGAUCCCUUUUUAUAUUAAAAGAGUAGUUGCAAUUAUAUCAAGAUUUAAUCUUAACAAUGUGUUGUGUGAGACGAGUUGAACUAGUGUAAUAUUGUUUGAUAUUUGUUAGUUACAGUGACUAACGUUGGCUUAUGCUCAGUUGUUCUUUAUAUGAACUCAGGAUACAGAUAUUGGACAAUGAACCGUUUACCCCAUAUUACCAAUACUGUACAUGCUAUCCACUGUUUUCUGAUAAACAUGUUCAGCUAUCAAUAAUAAUCACAUUAUAUAAGAAUCUGAACUGAAUGAGUGUGUUGAGUUAUCUUGUCAGAACAUUAAAAGUGUUGCACUACAAAUAUGUAUAAUGUAAAAGAAAGGAAAAGUUAUGCAUUUACAAACAGUAGCUGUGCUUUCUAUUUUUAAGGUGUUUUUUUUUGUAUUCAUUGCUGUUGGUAUAAGGUAUUUCUACUUUGAUCUGCUCCUGUUUUAGAAAUCUUUCUAUUUUUAUGUUGUUCUUAACUUAUCUAAUGUGCCUUAAAGGAAAACUGUUACGUUCUACUUCAGCAAUAUAAAGCCAUAAUAACAUCUGUUCCUGAUGUCCUGUUCUGACAUCCUCCUAAACAGGAAAGAACUAGCUUUACUGACUCUAAAAUGAUGUGGCAUUCAACUAGUGCAUUCAUUAAAACUGAAUUAAACAUCUCAGAAACA